GUCUCUUCCAACACCUUCUUCUUUUAGUCACAAGAACUUUCAAGUGAAAUUUCUACCAGAUAAUCUUUAAUCAAUAUGCGUUCCUCAGUUGUUCUCGCCUUGUCAUGCUUGGCAACUUUUGCCAUUGCAGAGCCACUCCCUUACCCACCACAGGCAACCUCCAAGCCUACAAUCCCAGCUAAUUUUCACCCAACUUUCGGAAACAAGAAAGGGAACUUCCAGCCCACUUCCACCAAAGUGAGCAAACGACGCAUCUCAGAGCGAGACACAGGCGGCUGGGUGGAGAAUGGAAAUGUUGCUGUCUGGAACAUCAAUGAUGAGGAUGGUGUGGGUGCUGGAAACGAUCAAUAUACCAUGUACUGGGGUGACGGAAGUGUUGAUCAAGGCUGGCCAGCACGCGAUCAAUGGGUCUCCUUCACUGAGAUGUUCAAUGCCAACAAAGCAAUUAUGUUCUCGUCCUGCUCUACCUGGGGUGUCGACAAUGACUCCGGUCCCGAGGUCGGCGCCAUCUGGAACGCAAUCGAAGCCGUGGCCGCUCAGACUGGAGUUGACCACCGCUUCAUCCUCGCAACAAUCAUCCAGGAAUCUGGCGGCUGCGUUCGAGUCCCGACUACCAACUACGGCGUCCGCAACCCAGGUUUGAUGCAAGACCACAACGGCUCCGGAACCUGCAAUUCUGACAUCACCGGCGAAGUCGACAACCCGUGCCCCGACUCCACCAUCACUCAAAUGGUUACUGAUGGAACGGGCGGAACACCUGACGGAGAUGGAUUGGCGCAAUGCAUUAAUCAGAGCGGUUGGGGAACAGAGGCGGAUUUUUACAGAGCGGCCAGGCUGUAUAAUAGCGGAAGCAUUGAUGGGUCAGGGAACUUGCAGGAUGGGAUCGCGACGCAUUGUUAUUCCAGUGAUAUUGCAAAUCGGCUGACAGGGUGGGUUAGCGCUGAGCACGGCUGUUAUCUUGAUGGAUGAUAGCCAUGUUCCUGUGGACAUUAAUGCGGGAUCUGUGGAGAAGUGUUGUGGUACUGUUAUGGUCGGUUAAGCGAGAAAAAUGGUGGGUCUCAAAUAGGGGCUCAGGGGGUUCAACACGACCCCGCACUCCAGGCAGUCGAGCCUUCGCUUUUCCUUGUAAAACUCAUUGGAUCGAUAUUUUGCAUAUAAUAUGGCGCUUUUCUGGAAGUAAUAGGGCUGAUGAAUAUGAAAACAUUGAAUUGAUCUGCAU